GUACCACGUUGGUUAGUUCUGACGAUCUGUUGGUUUCGAUCUCGCGCGACUUGGCUUCGAGUCUUUUUGCAGCCGAAACCGUUGGAACGUGAAAGUGAUAGUUGUCAUCGAACCUGGUGGUCUCCUUCAGUUCACUGCUACCAUCCACUUGGACCGGAUUAUAUCUACAGACCGUUAUAUAGUGCUUCGGAGCUUGAAAGUGAAUUGUGUGACCAUAUUGAAGUGAUGAACGGUCGUUGCAGCGGAGCCAUGUGAGGGCUACUAAAAUAAGCUACCUACCCAACCUGUGACCUGUGAUAUAAAAACUAAACAUGAACUGUGGAACACAUUUUCCACAAUGAAGACGAUUUUAUUCCUAGUUACCUUUACUGCUGUUGCCUCUGCACAGGACAGUUGGCGACAGAGUAGAGACUAUUUAGGACCUAAUGUUAAAUCAACACCCUUAGUGCAAAACCCUAGUUACGUAUCACAAAAUCCAAUCCAUACGAAUCAAAGGAUAGGUGCCUCAAAUAGCUGGGCGCCACCUGCGAGCUUAGAAAAUGCACUUAAUCCCAAGAAAAACCAGAAGGUGUCAUCAAGUAAUACCUGGUUACCUCCUGCCAGGCUGAAAAAUAUACUAAAUCCAACGAAUCAACAUCAGGGUGCAUCUUACAAUUGGAAACCACCUGAAAACCAAUUCAAUCAACAACAACCUGGAGGUUACAUUGGUCAACAACAAUACGUAAAUCCAGUUCGUGCGCAAGGAAGACAUGGUAUUGUAACACAGCAACCCAUAUCGAUUACGUAUAGUCCUUUACAGCAACAAAAUGUGCCAAAACACCAACAGAAAAAAGAUCUGAACUAUAAGAAACCAGGGCUAAAAAACAAACAAACGCCAAAAAAGCCUGUGUAUCAGCCACAUGUUGUAUAUGAUCCAUUUGCUCAAAAUACUAACCAACAAAUUCAGCCUUUACCUUAUAUACCACCUGAACCACGGAUACAAAGUUACCAAAGCAAUCCUUUGAAUCAAGCUCAAAAGCUAAACAACACCGAAAGACAGAGUUACGCUAAAAGUCCUAUAACUUUCCGAUACAACAAGAAGCAGCCAGACCAACAUACACACCCUUCAGUUAGAUCUUCCAAAGUCAUCAACCAUCUUAAAAAAGACUAUAGGGAUUACAAGACUCAUGAGCCUCAAGCUGAUGAUAAUCAAUAUGAGAGAGAAGAACAAGAGUAUGACAGAGAAGAAGCGGAGGACGAACCAACUCAUGAAGAGUAUGAGGUACCAACUAAGCCAAUAUACCCCGGUGAAGGCCAAUGGGCUAUUAGAGGUAAAAAGCAUAGACCUUUUAUAAGAGGAGAUAAACCCGUUGACUUGGAAGAAGACGAUGAGGUACCUGAUGGCUACGAAACCUUCCUCCAAGGACAAAAGGUAUUUGAAAGGACUAAAGCGGAUCUCAGUAAGCAAUUCGAUCAAGUACCUCAGCAGCACAAGCUUGGCAAGUACCUACCAGAGAGAGAAGACGAAAGUGAAGAUUCCAAAGAAGAUCAGUUUGUGCCUGUGCGAUUGUACGCUCAAGUAAGACAUAGCGAAGAUGAAAAACAUCUUCCUAGAUCUGCUGCCGAUGAUGAAAGAUUAAAAGAGUUAGUGAAGGAUUCCAAAAUUCAUACAGUUUACUCAGAAGAGGGAUAUGAAGAUGAUGCUUAUGAUCAUGCAGGCCACGAGAAAAAUGCAGAAACAGGUGAAGCAUUCGAACAGGCUGGUAAACUUCAUGAUAGGAAAAUUGUUAAAAAGAUUCCUGAUAAGAUCCUUGAACAAAUCAAAGAAGAUAGUAACGUGGGUGGUGCUGAAAACGCUGACGCUUCCUCAUCUGCAACUCAAAAUGUCAAAAACCCUUCCAAUGACACUACAAAAGUGUUGACCAAGGAAGCUUAUGAUGUAAAUGUGAAGCCGAAAGUCGAAGGAGGGAUUAAAGUUCUAACGAAACCUGAAAAUGCCACCAAGGAUAAACCAAUCAGCAAAUCCCUACCAAAAGUACUUAAACAGACUAAGCUCAAAGACAGUGAAUUUAAAGCUUCGGCAAUUAAAGAAAAUGUGUUGAAGAAAAAAAUAUGGCCAACUUCAACUUCCCUUCCAGGAACUAAAGCUGCGAAUGAUGGAGUUGGAGAGAUUCUGACUGAAGAUAUUCCAGCAACUACGUUAAGCACAACGGCAAUACCGAAGAAGCAAAAUGAAAUAAACGUCGUAACGAUUUUGAGUCUCGGAAAGGAGGAACAACCUUUAUUACCGUUUCGCCAGGGGAAGAGGCGUAAGCGAGAAACAUUUGAUCGACAAAAGUAUCCUUACUAUCAAGUUAGUACACUAAAUCCAAAUUCACCUCUUAGGUAUUCAGAGGACCUUAGAAAUAUUCCAGAUAAGACCAGAGACAACUUGGCCUUUUACAGACAAGCCGAAACAAGGUAUAGAUGUCCAGAAAUUGACCGAACUGUAGACCCAAUACCUGAUAAAGUGAACGGAAAGACUGCUGCUACAGAACAGGAAGAAGAAGAAUCGGAAGAAGACGAGGAAGAAACUGAUCCGUCAAAUCACAAGCCACCAUCUAAAAGACUGAAUCAGCUAGGAGAUAAAAUAGACUGUCUCAAAGUUAAAUAUUUUGGUGCAAAUCCCUUCGAUAGUCCAUUCUUUGCUGAGCCAACGGUAGGUCCGGUCAAACCUGUUUUAAACUUCAAUGAUAAGCUCAGCAUGAGCGUUCCUUUACCACCUCCAGCUUUUUCCAAAGAGCCAUACAUCAAGGAGCAGAUGAGACACCUUCCAGUUGUUGUCACAGUUUUACCAACAGAAUACCAAGAAGAACCAUACACAAACCAUCAAUUAAGAGAACAGUUCAUCAAACAACAGGUAAAAGAUUUUCCUCCAGUUAUACUACCAACCGCUGCACCUAGAGAAAAGUACACAGACGAGCAGUUAAAGGAGCUCCAAGAUCAAUACUCAGAAGAACAGUUAAGACAACUUCAAGAAGAAUAUAUUAGAGCUGAGUUGGCAAAAUUGAAUGUUCCUUACAUGAAAGAUGAGUUUGACCAUAUGGAAUUGCCUUACGGAACGCCACCACAUGAUCUCUACAAAAACGAACAUAAUGAGAAAAGCACAACACCCAAAAGUAAACCAAAACCUUCCCAAUCUUCGGCGAACACGAUUUCAUUAAGAAAAGUUAAAAUAAAUCCAAAAAUAGCGCUACACAGCACGACAGAAGAUAUUUAUAAUGACGAUGAAAGUAUCGAGGAGAACGAAGUGUUCAGCGCCAGUGAGCCAAGACAAAAUGUUAUACCAAUGGAAGCCAAAGAUGCCAAUGCUGAUUCCAAGCAGUUGAGCAAGAAAGGACAAGCUCCACUUGAAGUUACAACCGAAUCUGUCAAUUUACUCACCACUCCAAAGUAUACAAUAGAUCUGAAACCAAAACACAUCUAUCACCAGAUAGAGCUACUUGGUUACUUGCCAGGUCAAAAUGACAGUCAACAAAAUGCUACGUCAAGAAUGGACCAAGUCGUUGAGAACCCAAAUGAUCAAAAAGCGAACGAAUCUGUGAGAGUUGUGAUAACAUUGGAUGAAAAUAAAAGAAAGCCAAAGAUUUAUAUUGAGGAGGUAGCGCCAAAAUUUCCAGUAUUAGGAGGUAGUGAAGGUGUAGGCAGAGCUCAAGCAGUAAGGAGGAUCAGAAUAAAACACAAAAGACCCUCUUCGUCCCGCGAUACUGGUUCGAAAUACGCACCUUCAAGAAUCGUUAUUCCUCUACAUGGAAAGGAACCAUCAACUGAAACUCCAAAGUACAGAUCUUCAUCGUCACACUCCUUACCAUACUCAACGCCACGGCCGUAUAUCAACAGCAGCCCCUAUAGCUCUAAUUACCAACAAGCUAGUUUCCAAGACAAAAUUAAAGUGAGGAUAGUCAGACCGACCUUACAGAUUUUUGACAUCAACAAAUUCCUUCCCACUACAGAAGCUCCUUUAUUUGAUGACCUUGAUAUGUAUGGUGAAGGUUCUGCCCCACUUCCUAAGUACAAGGUUAUCAGUGAGGUGUACUAUAAAGAUGAUAUGAAACCAAAUGAGCAACUCAUGUUAUUAGCUGAUGUUAUGAGUCAUAUCAGAAACUCUUCAAGACGACAAGUUGAUGACAGCUCUAAAGACUAUUCAGAGACCAUCCCAGUUACCUUGAAGAACAUUAGUAAAAACAAAGCCGGUAAACAGCAAGUAGAUCGAGGGUUCCACGAAGUGAAUGCUCCGAUAAGCUCUACAAGCCAUACAAGAAUUACAUCGACUACUACGACAACUAUAAAACCUGUAAUGUAUGAUGAUACAUCGAAAAGACCUCGUAUCAGAAGAGUCAAAUAUCGCAAAAAGAAGCUUAGAUCUACCACGCCAGCUACUACUACUACUGCAAAGCUUCCAGAAGAAAAUACUGAAGCUGUAGUGACCACGGAGGUCGUUGAUCUAAAACCACCUGGAGUAAAAACGUACAACCCAAAUAAAAUGAAUAAGUACUACGUACAAGGUAUGAGACCCCCACCUAAGCAAAAACUUUUCAUGUACUCAGACUACUUAAAAAAUGAGUUGAACAGAAAUAGACAAAGACUCCAUAGAAGUAAGAGAAGUCCUGUAGCUACCAAAUAUGCUGAACUAUCUAGGAGUAAGGUAAAAGCUACUACAAGUCAACCUGAAGCUGAUGAUUAUGUUCCGAAUAGAACGAGAAACUGGCACUACGACGACAAAACUGGUAAGAUAGUGUACCACAACGUACCCAAGUUUGAAGAAGACAAAGAUGUUGAGGUGGUAUACGAGGAGGUUACUGAACCGGUAAUACCUUUUGAAACAGAAAAACCUAAGCAGAACCCAGUCUUUGCAACUGCCACACCUCCCCCCGAAGGGCAAAGCUACAUAGAUUUUGUUAAGAAACUAAAGAGUGCAUCGAAUUAUGUACAUAUUCCCGAUCCUACGACUACGGAGAAAUCAGUUGGUUCCGAAAAUCUUGUUUCCACUACUUUGAAGCCCGUGUCUACCACUCCCCCAGAAUUUCUAAGCAUACUUUCAAAGGUCAAAAGCAAUAUCGGAUAUAAACUUAUAGAAGAUGAAAAAGACAAGAAGACAACUACUACAACCACAACUCAAGCUGCUGAACCAGAAAUGUCAGAGUCACAAGGUGAAAGUGUACAGAAUGCUCCGGGUGGUAUGGGGAUGAACAACUUCCAAAUAUUCGAUAUUACCGACUACAUACCCAAGAUCAAGCAUUACCUUCCUGUAACAGGUGUUGAUACCUCAAAGUACACAACUAUCCAAAGACCCAAAACGGACACACCAAAAGCUGAAGAGGAAAGGAGCAACCAAAGUUCUGAAGACAAAGUAAGCGUAACAGUCGAAAGAGAUAAUCCAUCCAGUACUAUGGUAACACCUAUUGUGAGCUCUACGACUGCUAGUACUACCAGAACUACGGCAACUCCUCCCUCCGGUACUACAUCUGACACCUCUCAAUCUAUAGAAGUAGGAGAUUCCAUUGGUAGCUCUGAUCUUUCAAGAAAGCGAAGGAGAAGAAAACGAAGAAGGAAGAUUGUUGGUCAAGGUACCAAUUCAACAACUCUAUCUCCCGAAUCACCAGAACGGGUAUCUAGUGAAACAUCUCAAGUCAACAAUCGCGGAAGAAGGUUACAAGCAACUACAGAGAAGUUCUUAUUCGACACUGUUGACGAGGUGACGAAAUCGGUGGUAAGAAGAUCGGACAACUCCGAUACUAGGUUUCAAAGGCUUUACGAAAUUGAGGAACCAAGUGCUAGUAAGGUAGAGAGUAAAGGAGAUGGUGCUUCAGUCAAAGAAGGAGAUGCUGAUAAAGAAAUGUAUGUUGUGAUACUCCAGCCCUAUGAUCCUAAUGUAAAAACUGGGGGUAACUAUAAAGAAGAGCCUUCAACUGGAGAGAUAGCUGCAAAUAAGCCAAGUCUGGAAUUAUACGCAAAGCCCAUCCAGGUAUUCAAGCCCCAUGACCCUAAUCAGAAGACCGGAGGGAAUUACAGAGCUGCGCCAGCUAAUAUUACAGAAAACAAAACAGAUACUUCUCCCAGUUCCAGAAAGUACGUCGAAGUAUUUCAGCAAUAUGAUCCCGAGAAGAAAACUGGAGGCAAUUAUAGAGCUGAAGGUAGUUACAAUGUACAAAAGACUGCCUUACCUCAAACUGUUGAGGAGCCUAAGAAAUAUGUGGAAGUAUUUCAACAGUUCGACCCCAAUAAAAAGACAGGGGGAGCUUAUAUAACCUUAGACAAAGAAAAACUUAUUGAAGAUAUUGGCCAUAAGUCUUACUUACCUAGUACUGUUGAAGACCCCAAAAAGUAUGUUGAAGUAUUUCAGCAAUAUGAGCCAAAUAAGAAGACUGGUGGAGGUUAUGAAAGCAAUGAUAAAGAAAAACUUAUUGUUGAAGAUAUUGACCAAAAGACUGACUUACCUGGUACUGUUGAGGAACCCAAAAAGUAUGUUGAAGUUUUUCAGAAAUAUGACCAAAGUAAGAAGACUGGAGGAGGGUAUAAAGACAUAGAUAAAGAUAAACUUAUUGCAGAAGAUGUUGCAGAUCCGGUUGAUGAAGUGAUGCAACCUAAAGAACCCCUCCAGAAGACUGGCAAAAAUCAAGAAAAAGAAGAACUAACCCCCAAUGACGAAGAGGAAAAACCUGUUGAGAUUUUCCAACCUUACAAUCCAAACCAAAAGCACGGAGGCAACUACAGAUCUGACCCCAACAAGAAUCAGGAUACUUCCGCCUCGGUUACAAGCACCGAGGAGGUAGAAACCCUAGAGGAACCUAUAGCUGCAGAAAAUCAGCAUAGUUUUCCUAAAAAAUACAGGGAGACAGUAGCUAGCACUACAGUUGGCAUCAAAACUACAGAAGGGCCAUUGGUGAUAAAUCUCCUCAGCAAUUUUGACAAGCCGGACGAGGCUAAAAAUAGAAACUUUGAUUUGAGAACCAAGAAAAGGAAAAUCAAGAAACCAACAAAUGGCAAAGAAUCAGUUACAAGGUUGACUGAUAUAAUUCCAAAACCCGAGACUUACUACACAGACCCAAAUCUACCAAAAGCAGUAAAUAUGUUGAUGGAAGUUAACUUACCCGAUGAGGAAAUUGAAAAAAUUGUUGAAGGCAAGGAUAGCUCAGAACAGGCCGGUCCUAAGAAGCAUCCAACCAAAGCUGAACUUUCAAGGGCCAAAGUUAGUAGAAAAUCUUUCAAACAAGGCAAGAAACUUGUAACGACGACUACUACUACAACAACAACUGUAAAACCAGUGGGAUAUCAGGUAACGGAAGAACCGGCAAUUGAAGACACUGAAGAAGGAGACCAAUUUGAAGAAAGGAAAGAAGCCGAAGAAUCCAGGACGGUGACAGAAAAGCAACGAAUUGAGGAUAGAGAUGAGAGGAGCGAACCAGAAGUGGAAGAACCCGAGAUAGAUGAUCCUGACGAAGUGGUCCACCAUAAUCCCGGUGGUAGCCAUGAAAACAAGAGCUCAUUCAAAGAAGAGUAUAUCCACCUUGAUGAUGACCAUGACCAUCAUCAUGACCACAGUCAUGACCACAUACAUGACCAUGACCAUGACCAUGAAAUUGAAGAUAUGAGUGAAGACGAAGACACUUCUACAACGGAGAAGCUGAAGAACUUGCCAAAUAUCAUAAAAGAUCCGUCCAAAAGACUUUACUACUACUUGCCUGCGUAGGCACUUUGUAAAUAGAUAAAUAAUUUCUGAAAUUGUAAUUAUUUUGGUUAAACCUCUACAUGAAUUUUAUAAAUUAUGAAGACUUAUUUAGUUUUAAGUAUUUAAAUAGAGUGUAGUUUAGGAAAAUAAAGUUUUAUAGUAAUUUA